AUGUUUUCUGAAAUAGAUGGUCCCUUUAAUGAGGUGCUAGCCAGUUGGUCAAGCAUUGCAACGGUGCAAACAGAGAAUGACAAGUACACGCAUGAAUAUUUCAAUAGGUUCAUUAGUAGGGUGCGGGAGGAUACCAGAGAUGUUUUACAUCUGAAAGUGAUCAGGUUUGAUGUGGGCGUGAAGGACGGAGCUAGAGAAAGUUCACAUGUAGCAGUGUUAGCUGAAGGAGGAAUAACCAAUAAUUCAGAUUUGGAGGUGACUAGGGAGGAGUGCGGGCCCCGGGGGUCCCAUCUGGAGGAGCUGGUGCUGGAAAGGGCCGACUGCCUGCUGAGAUGCGAGAGGCUGCAGCUGGGGCAACCUUCCCUCUACCGACUGACUCAGGAGACCGAGAAGAUCUUCCAGAGGGGGUCGCCCUACAACUACCUGCAGCUGGCGCACUACAAGCUGGAGGAGUUGGAUGAAGCCGCCGCUGCCGCCUUCACCUUCUACACCAGGAAUCCUCACCACGAGCAGAUCCAGGACGACGUCCAACGUUACCAACGCAUGAAAGGGGUUCAACAGCAGAGCCUCCGGGACUUGGAGGAGCCUCCUUACCGGACGCUCUUCUCCGAGGCCAUGGCUUUGCUUUCUGAGGGGAAACUGGCCUCCGCGGUAUUGAAGCUGGAGGAGUCCCUGUCCGCCUGUAUGUCCGCUUUGCGUGCUUGUCGUACCCUCUGUGAGGGAACCCGGGAAAGGGAGGACCAAACUCACCAAGAGAUAUCCGAGGUGAUUGCAGAUUAUUACACGCAGGUGUUACAAUGUAAGCAGCGCUGUAUUCUAGAUCUUACCUUGGUGCCAGGAAGCAAGCGCCCAACGCAAGAUUUCAUUGUGUCUCAUCUGCAAUCUCUGCACGACACCUACGACCAACUUCGGGAAUGGGAGUCUGCUGCAGAGACCGCCCGAUCGUUAUUGCUCUUCCACCCUCGUAACGAAUCCCUUGUAAAGAAACUACAGAUCUAUGACAACAAGCUUGGAGGAAAGGCUGGCGGAAAACCACGAGAGAGCAUUGCGUCACUUGUGCGUCAGACUCUGGCAGAGAAGAAACUAUUGUAUUAUGCAAUGGAGAACCUGGACAUCACAUUCCAAGAUCAGGAUCUUUGGACGCCAGAAGAUAUUAUCCCAGAGAGUCUACGGGACAGAGUCAGGAAAGAGAAAGCAGCAGCAGAGGAGGCUGGGAGAGACCUGCCUUAUGAGGAGGUAUCUGUGACACUUAGCCCAAGACAGAUGAAUGGAACAGCCAGGGUCACUCUGGAUGGUGUCCUCAGUAAGGAUGAGUGUGAGAGUCUGCUCAGUCUAGUUCAGGAAGCUGAAGCUUCUGGGGAUGGGUUCAGAGGUAGACGGUCACCUCACACUCAUAGCGAGAAGAUCCAGAGCCUGACUGUACUGCGAGCACUACAGAUGGCAUCAGCAAGAGCAGUGGACACCACCCAGGCCCACCUUUUCUAUUAUUCCGGUGAGCGAGCUCGUGUCCUGGCACAGACUUAUUUUGAAACAAAGCCUCUGCAUUUCUCCUAUAGUCAGCUGGUGUGUCGGACUGCCAUUGAAGGAGAGCAGGAGGGUCGCACGGACGUCAGUCACCCUGUUCAUGCUGAUAACUGUAUCCUGGACACUGAGGAGAAAGCGUGCUGGAAAGAGACACCUGCGUACAUCCACAGAGACUACAGUGCGAUGCUUUACUUGAAUGAUGACUUUCAAGGAGGAGAUCUCUUCUUUACAGAGCUGGAUGGCACAACAGUCACGGCGGAGGUCCGGCCUCAGUGUGGCCGCUUGGUAAUGUACAGCUCUGGAGGUGAAAAUGCCCACGGGGUCCGGGCAGUGACUCGGGGUAGAGGGUGCGCCAUAGCGCUGUGGUUCACGGAGUCAGCAGAACACGCAGAGCAGGAACGACAUCAGGCAAAGAUUCUGGUAAAAGGCGACACUAAUCAGCAAGAGCAGGAGGAGACGAAGACCUCCAGGGGAGCAAGGGAGACCACCAGGUCGCGGAUAUCCUCCAAUGAAGACGAGCCCGAGAAGCCCUCCGGUCGGCAACAGAGGAGAACGGCCAGAAAAAUUAAAGAUGAACUUUGAGAUAGGGUGCAAGAGACUGCGGGGUGCAGAGACUUUCCCACAAUA